GGCAAGCCGAGAGCAGCUCACAAUGGCAUUCCCAUUCCGAUGGUUGUCGCCCUGACGUACGCUCCAUGAUCUGAAUGUUUCUAAAUCCGCUCGAUCUCACGACCGCCCUGCGUCCGUCCCUCCUGCCUGAUGAGACGCUACUGUUCGUCCAAGAUGCCGUGGGACUCUAUGAGGGGAAGCUCAAGAUUCCCAAAUACCAGAACGGUCAAGCCUACCUCACCUCUCAUCGCGUUUGCUAUGUCGACCAGACUGAGCCGCGAUCAUGCUCCGUUGCCAUCAACUUGAAGGAGGUUGAGCGACCGGAGUUCUAUGCUGGAUUCCUCAAAUCAUCACCCAAGAUCACUCUCUAUCCAAAAGCCUCCAAACAGCUAUCGAUAGCGACCAACCCCUCUCCUACGGCGCAAGGUACACUUGCCAGUGCUACCGACGGGCAUGUCGCUCCGGCGACUAUUUCACCUGUGAAUGCCACAUGGGUGUGCCCUAUAUGUUCCUUCUCGAACCCCGUACCCUCGAAUUUCGAUCCCACCGCAGCCAAUGCGCGGACACCGCUACCACCCUGUCUUGCAUGUGGUAUCAAACCGCCCCUAGCACAUGUGAUAAAGGCCGCUAUAGCUGCUAUAAGGCAGGCCCAGUCUUCAGACGGCACUCCUCAAUACACGGCGGGUGCACCGGCAUCAUCCACACCAGGAACCGUUCCCUGCCCUCGAUGUACCUUCCAAAAUCACCCCUCGCUCUCCGCCUGCGAAAUCUGUGGCGCACCCCUCCCCGCCGCUGCAGACAAACGCCUCGAAGCUGCCAAAGCAAUAACCCGCGCGGAAUCUCCUGGGCCCUUUUCCCAAACUUCCCCCUUAGGACACGAAAUCACUGAAAGUAUCAAACUUUCCUUCCGCUGCGGCGGUGAAAAGAUCUUCUACGAGCGUCUCAAGAACGCCCUCGUGCAACGAAAGUGGCUCCUCCAGAGCGCACCGCCGAUCCCCAAACCGCUCCCUGCGUCCGAUCAUGUGAACAUGAGUGCCGGACUAUCUGCUGCAACUAUCCAGGCAUCGGGAGCGUCUGGGCUCAGCAAAGCGAUUGGUAUAGCAGGCCUAGAACGGCGCCACCUCGAGCAAACCAAAAACAACGAAGCCGUCAUCGGAACCGCCUUCUCCGACCUCGAAGCCCUCAUGACGUCCGCAAAAGAAGUCAUUGCUCUAGCCGAACAAUUCGCCAACCAAGCCAACAUCGGCAACAAUGGAAACCACAACCGUGAAGCUGCCAACGCUGCAUCCGCCCUCAGCUUGAUCACGACAAAAGACAUGCUGGGCACCGGCUCCGGCGCCUCGGAUCUGUACAUCUCCGAACUGAGCAGAAACCUGGCAGAGUAUCUCACCGACGAUACGCGCGGGAUUCUCAGGAACGAAGGCGGCAUCAUGACGCUCGUGGAUCUGUGGGCGGUGUUUAAUCGCGCCAGGGGAGGCGUGGAACUCGUUUCGCCGAGCGACUUCGAGAAGGCGGCGCGCAGGUGGGACGAAUUGAGAUUGCCUGUCCGGUUGCGGAGGUUUCGAUCGGGAUUACUGGUUGUACAGGGGAGGGAUAGGACGGAUGAGAAGACGGUGGCGAGUGUGCUUGCUUGGCUUCGAGAGUUGCAUUCUGAGAACCAGGGGCAGGGGCAGGACAGGGAGGUCUCGUGGGAUCAGAGGACGUGGGGGAGGGGCGUCACGGUGCAGGAGGUGGCGGAGAGGUUUGGAUGGAGCGUUGGGGUUGCGCAGGAGGAGCUGGAGAUGUGUGAGGAGAAAGGCGCGGUUUGUAGGGAGGUGGGGUUGCAGGGGUUGAGGUGGUGGGAGAAUUGGAUCGUGAAGGAUCCGGUUGUGCACAGUGGAUAGUGGCAGGUAGGGUCAGAAUUACGGAUGAGAUGAUACCUGGCUACGGAUUGUCAGAGUAGAACGUUGGCUUUUGGAUCGGUCCACCACAAAGUUCCACAUCUUCAGAGAGAGUUAAAGAUGCACGCCAUGUUUCAGC